AUUUGAACUUUCCCUCCUCUGAUCCAACAACACGCGUCUGUCUCACUGACUGAUUGACAGGAUAGCUGACCGGCUGACUGGCUGGCGCAGAUGGAUAAGGGCCCUGCUCAGAAGAUAGCGUCUGCUGAAGCUGGCGUCGUCGAUGUGCGAAGCGGGGCGGGGGGACAGAGAGUCAAGGGGGCCCUCGUGGUCGGUGGAAGAGCUGGAUUAAGCCAGCGAUUCUCGUGGCUACCGCCUCCAGGGCCCAAUUCUCUUCCUCUCGUUGUCCUUGUCUCGAAGGCUGAAGAGAAGAGCGAGAUUGCAGAGACGCUUAGCAGGUGGAAUAUCGAGGUGGUCGUCAGCAACGACGAUGCCACUUUCUGGCGUGAUGCCCAGUCUUUGCACUUGAUCCUCGGACAAGGGGAGGAGGACACUACGAGGCUCCUCUUUGCACCGUCACCGAUUUUAGACAGAGCCAUGUCAUUGUGGGAGAAGGAGGCAGCAGAGCGCUGGAGCUCUGGGCAGGCAACCCUGCUCGACCUCGGCUGUGGUGCUGGAAGAGACAUGGCGUGGGCCGCGCGGAGGUCGACAUAUUCUCAAGUCCGAUGGCUAGUAACGGGAGUCGACAACCUCGAAGCAACGAUCAGGAGAGUCAGGCUGCUGGCCAGCGACCUCCGUCUGGACCAGCCGCACUCGUCUCGGAUCGAGUCCAUUGUCUGGGGACAGACUACGGCAGAGGGAAGCGUGGACGUCUUCCAAGGCACCCUCCCUCACAAGACGUGGGACAUCAUUCUCAUUGUUCGCUUCCUGCCCCGCAGUCUUCUCCGCAGGCUCAACGAGUGGACACACGAUGGAUCUCUCCUUGCCCUCAGUCAUUUCGUCCACGGUGCGGGCUGCGAGUACGACUCGCCGCCAAUCCCAGCCAGAUUGCAGCCAGGCGAGAUCGAAGAGCUCAUCGACAAAUAUUUGAGCUCCGCGCAAUGGAGCAUCAUCAGCGAUCAGAUUGACCACACCGAAGAUGGACGACCGCUCCGGAGCGUCAUCGCGCGAAGAAAGGCCCGCUAGCCAUGGAAGCGCAUUUCUUUUGCUUCUUCUCCCUUGCAGCUAGCAGCAGCCUACUCUUCUGUAAAACAUACACUACUAUACUACUUACUACCUCCACCCGCGAGGCGGGCGGACACACUAAAAGUCAUUUAGAGCUCCUUUU